AUGCGUUUCGCUACUUCUGUUGCUACUCUCAUUGCCUCUGCGGCUCUCUCUUCCGCUGCCACCGUCACCUUCUGGACUCUGGACAACGUUCAACGCACCAUCUACUUCACCUGCAACCCUGGCAACUCUGACAUUCCCUCUGUCACCGUUGACGGCAGCAAGAACACCACUGUUACCUUCCCUGAUACCUGGCAAGGCAACUUCUACGCCGUCAAGGAGGGCGCUGCCAACAUUCCCGGCAUGCUCGGUGAGGUCAACUUCGGCAGCUGGCACGGACUGACCUACUUUGACGUCUCCGCCAUUGUUGACCCCAACGACAAGGACAACGUCAAGCUGAUGUUCCCUGCCGAGUCCUAUGAGCCCAUGUCUGGCUGCGUCAACUUCCCUUGCAACAACGCCUACUACCUCCCUGACGACAUUCAGACCAAGGCUACCAUGGAGAGCGACCUCAUCACCACUCUUGGCUCCGGCUCCAUUGCUCACUCCUUCGCUGAGGAGCAGUAA